GAGCAGCGGCACUGUCAGGAGUUGGGGCUGGGGUGGGGCGUUCAGGAGUCCGGGGGUCUGAGCCUGGCCGUGCAGGAGUCAGGGCUGAGCCCAGGGUUGCAGGAGUCAGGGGUGAUUCUGGGCCUGCGGGAACAGUAUCAGGCGGCUGGAGAGGCCAGGCCAGGGGUGCAGGAGCAGCGGGCGGCUGGAGAAGCCAGGCCAGGGGUGCGGGAGCAGUGGGUGGCCAGGGAGGUGAAGCCAGGAGUGUGGGAACAGUGGGUGGCAGUGGGAACAAGCCCAGUAGUGCAGGAGCAGUCGGUGACCAGAGAGUCAAGGCCAGGGGUGCGGGAGCAGCGGGUGGCUGGAGAAGCCAGGCCAGGGGUGCGGGAGCAGCGGGCAGUUGGAGAGGCCAGGCCAGGGGUGCGGGAGCAGCGGGUAGUUGGAGAGGCCAGGCCAGGGGUGCGGGAGCAGCGGGUGGCUGGAGAAGCCAGGCCAGGGGUGCAGGAGCAGCGGGUAGUUGGAGAGGCCAGGCCAGGGGUGCGGGAGCAGCGGGUGGCUGGAGAGGCCAGGCCAGGGCUGUGGGAGCAGUCAGUGACCAGAGAAUCUAGGCUGGGGGAGCGGGAUCAGCGGGUAGCAGUGGGAAAGAGGCUGGGGGUGCGGGAGCAGCGGGUGGCAGUGGGAGUGAGACCGGGGGUGCGGGAGAAGUGGGUGGCGCUGAGAGAGAGGCCGGUGGUAGGAGGGGUGAGGCCAGGGCUGCGGGUGGCCAGAGGGACGAGGCCGGGAGCACGAGCACGGGUGGCAGCGAGGGUGAAGCCAGGAGUGCGGGUUCGGGUGCCAGGAGGGGUGAGUCUGGGGUUACAGGAGGAGCAUCUGGUAGAAGAGGGGAGCCUGGGAGUAGAGCAGCAACCUCAGGAGGAUGGAACAGUGAGCUCAGGGGUUCAGGAGCAGGGUCUGGCUCUGGGAGCCCCCCAGGAGGAGGGUCUGGCUCUGGGAGCCCCCCAGGAGCAGGGGGUGGCCCUGGGAGCCCCCCAGGAGUGGGGAGAGGGCCCGAGGGUGCAGCACCAGCCUGAAGGGGAAGGGGAGGUGAGCCCAGGAGUGCAGGGGGGCCAGCAGGGAGAGCAGCACCAGCAGGAGAAAGGAGGGUUUGUCAGGGGCCUGCAGGAGAAAGGGGGCCUGAGGCUGGGCCUGCAGGAGGAGGCGCUCAGGCUGGGUGUGCAGGAGGAGACGCUCAGGCCUGGGGUGCAAGAGCAGUCUCGGGAGCCAGAGUGGCUGAGCCCAGGUGUGCAGGAAGCCGGGGGGACCCUGGGUGUGCAGCAGCUGCAGCGCAGGGAGGGGAGGCGGCGAGCAGCACAGGUGUAGGGCGUGAGAGGAGUGAGCCCAGGAGCCUAGCAUGGUCUCCGGCCCAGACCCUUAGCAGGGUACCAGCACCAGCUGGUGAACCCAGGAGAGUGGCCUCAGCGCUGGCACCGCCGCUAGCCGGGGAGCGCAGCACCACCCUCAUCCCGUGAGCGUGGCAGUGCAGCGCCAUCACUGGAAGUCAGCAGGAGAAGGUGGGGGUGAGCCCAGCAGUGCCAUCCCUUGCCAGCGAGCCUGGAGCAGCCUGAGCAGCGCCUAUAGGAGGAGCCUGGAGGGGUGAAUCCUGGAGCGUCGUGGCCGUAACACCGGCGCCCGUCUGGGUGGCCGGGAGUAUAGCAGCAACACCACCACCCUCAUCAUUCAUGCACUGAGCCUGGGCACCAAACAGCACUGCCCCAUUGCUACAGUGAGCUUUGCACUGUAAAGCCGCAUGCAGUGAGCCUGGUCAUGUACACCAGCAACAGCUGGAGCCUGCAGUGACUCUGGCAACAUGUAGCAGCAGCAUUUUACUAGCUUGGAGUAUAGCAGAAGCAGUGACGCCUGGCAGCAUGCAGUGACGCCUGGCAGCAUGCAGUGAGCCAGGCAGUGUCCAGCUGCAGCACUGUGCAGUGAACCUGGCAGCAUCCACACAGCAGCAUCGCUACCAGCUUGGCCUUCCUGGAAUAUAAGAGCAGCACCUUUCCCAUGCAGUGAGCCUGGCAGUUGGUACCCUCUCCAGCCUGGCAGCUUGCGAGUGCGGCAGCAGAGGAAGGAGGUGAUCCUGUGGGUACAGUGGCAGCGCCAUCGCCAGCCCAGCGAGAGAUGGUGGGGAGCUUGGAGGGCAGGAACUGGAGGUAGAAACUGACAGACUGAGUCUGGCUGAGCCCAUGGGCUGGAGCAGCCAGGCCCCCUCCCUCGACGGACGUGCUGGUGAGUCGCAGGGCGCCAGCCUCUGGAUCGUGCUGGGACCCCCCUGGGAAGCAGAUGGGCCGGGAUUAGCGCUGCUUUAGGACUCGGCGGGGGGGGCCCAGUCCUCUGUACAACUCAAAAGACUCCGGGAGAGGCUGAAACGGACUCCCUUCCCGCCCCCUGGAAUAUCCCCUCCGCCCUCUGACCAGCCCCCUGGGGUUCGUGGAACCAGACGGAGCAGCACCCUAGCCUCAGACGCUGCCCUGUAGCAUGGAGUCGGACGAGGGCACAGACUGGCUCCUGGAGCUCCUGACCGAGGUGCAGCUGCAGCAGUACUUCCUGCGCAUCCGCGACGACCUCAAUGUCACCCGCCUCUCGCACUUCGAGUACGUCAAAAAUGAAGAUCUGGAGAAGAUCGGCAUGGGGCGGCCUGGCCAGCGGCGGCUGUGGGAAGCCGUGAAGCGCAGGAAAGCCAUGUGCAAGCGCAAGUCGUGGAUGAGCAAGGUGUUCAGCGGGAAGCGCCCCGAGACGGAGUUCCCACCCCAGCCCCAGCCCACCUUCCCCAAGCUCUCCAGCCCGCCGCCCGCCGAGGAGGGGCAGCAGGCCCUGACCUGCCUGAUCAGCGAGAAGGACCUGACGCUCUUCGAGAAGCUGGGGGACGGCUCCUUCGGCGUGGUGCGGCGCGGCGAGUGGGGCACACCCACCGGCAAGACGCAGCUCAGCGUGGCUGUGAAGUGUCUCAAGACGGAUGUGCUGAGCCAGCCGGAGGCGCUGGACGACUUCAUCCGGGAGGUGAACGCCAUGCACUCGCUGGACCACCGCAACCUCAUCCGGCUCUACGGCGUGGUGCUCUCGCCCCCCAUGAAGAUGGUGACGGAGCUGGCCCCGCUGGGCUCCCUGCUGGACCGGCUGCGGAAGAACCAGGGCCAUUUCCUCCUCUCCACGCUGUGCCAGUACGCCGUGCAGAUCGCCACGGGCAUGGCCUACCUGGAGUCCAAGCGCUUCAUCCACCGUGACCUGGCUGCCCGCAACAUCCUGCUGGCCUCCAGCGACCUGGUCAAGAUCGGCGACUUCGGACUCAUGCGGGCGCUGCCCAAGAACGACGACCACUACGUCAUGCAGGAGCACCGCAAGGUGCCCUUCGCCUGGUGUGCCCCGGAGAGCCUGAAGACACGCACCUUCUCACACGCCAGCGACACUUGGAUGUUCGGGGUCACCCUCUGGGAGAUGUUCACCUAUGGGCAGGAGCCGUGGGUCGGCCUCAGCGGCAGCCAGAUCCUCCACAAGAUCGACAAGGAGGGCGAGCGGCUGCCGCGGCCCGAGGACUGCCCGCAGGACAUCUACAAUGUCAUGCUGCAAUGCUGGGCGCACAAGCCCGAGGACCGGCCCACCUUCGUGGCCCUGCGCGACUUCCUGCUGGAGGCCCAGCCCACGGACAUGAGGGCCCUGCAGGACGUGGACGAGCCGGAGAAGUUGCACAUCCAGAUGAACGACGUCAUCACAGUCAUCGAGGGCAGGGCUGAGAAUUAUUGGUGGCGGGGUCAGAAUAAGAGGACCCUUAAAGUGGGGCAGUUCCCGCGAAACACGGUGACCUCCGUGGCAGGGCUGUCGGCCCACGACAUCAGCCAGCCGCUAAAAAACAGCUUCAUCCACACUGGCCAUGGAGACACCAACCCACAGCACUGCUGGGGCUUCCCUGAUAAGAUCGAUGAGCUGUACCUGGGAAACCCCAUGGACCCUCCCGACGUGCUAGGCGUGGACCUGAACGCAGCCAGACCCACCCAGCUCCCGAGCCGGGCGAAAAGGGAUCCACCGCCUCGGCCACCGCAGCCGGCGAUCCUCCUUACGAAGCCCUCCUACGACCCCGUCAGCGAGGACGACUCCCUCUCCACGGGCCUCAAGCGGCUGUGCCUGAGGAAGCCGGGCCCCCCGAAGGGGCUGAAGCUGGUGAAGCCGUCGGCCUGGGUGUCGGGCACCAAGGUGGGCGAGCGGCAGCUGAGCCGGGCCAAGGGUGGGGGUCUCUCUUGUGGCGAGGCGCCACUGAUUGACUUUGGGGACGAGCCGCCCCCCGCCACCCCCUCGCCGGUCGGGGAGCUGGGCGCCCCCUCCCUCGCCAGGCUGGCCAUGGAGGCUUUCUCCCUGCUGGACAAGACGCCCCCCCAGAGCCCCACGCGGUCGCUGCCCCGGCCCCUCCACCCCACCCCGGUGGUGGACUGGGACGCUCGGCCCUUGCCCCCGCCACCGGCCUAUGAUGAUGUGGCGCAGGACGAGGCCGACUUCGAGGUGUGCUCCAUAAACAGUAUGGAGGGGCUGGUGGGGCGGCCAGCCUGGGACGAGGACGAGAAGGCGCCGCCGCUGGAGGACAACCUCUUCCUGCCGCCCCACGGGGCCAAGCAGCCCAGCCUGGAGCAGACCACCGAGAUCUUCCAGGAGCUGCAGCAGGAGUGCAUGAAGCGGCUGCACGUGCCCCGGAGCCCUGCGCCCGGCCCCGGCGAGGACAAGCCGCAGAUCCCGCCCCGCGUGCCCAUCCCGCCCCGGCCCCUGCGGAGGAACGAGCCCGGGCGCUGGUCGGGGGAGCUGUCCCCGGCCUCAGGGGGCGAGGAGGACCGGCCACCCCAGAUCCCGCCCCGCGACCCCUUAUCCCAGCCCACCUCCAGGACUCCCAGCCCCAUGGCUCUGCAGGUGGGCUCCCCGCAGCAAAGGGCCAGCCUCUGCUCCCCCUUGGCCCUGGCCGCCUCCCUCUCCACCUCCCCGGGCAAGGCCAUGCCCACCACGCAGAGCUUCGCCUCGGACCCCAAGUAUGCCACGCCCAAGGUCAUCCUGGCGCAGGACAAGGACAGCGCCAGGGGCCCCUGCAUCCUGCCCAUUGUCAAGGACGGCCGGAAGGUGAGCAACACCCACUACUACCUGCUGCCCGAACCCCCGGCCUACCUACACAAGUACGAGAAGUUCUUCAAGGAAGCCCGGAGCCCUGAGGAGCCGGCGUCCCGCGUGGUCAGCACCGCCACCGUCCGGCCCAUGGUGCAGCAGCCCAACUGCUCGGCCAACAACAGCAACCCUGGCCCCCGGGGGGCGCUCAGGACCUCCUGCAGCGUCCAGAACAUCAUCUACGACAGCAGCAGCGACGGCUGCCGGGCCGCCGAGAAAGUGCGACUGGUGCAGGAGAUGGUGCACGGCGUGACCACCGAGGAGUGCCAGGCUGCCCUGCAGAACCACGGCUGGAACGUCCAGCGGGCCAUCCAGUAUCUGAAGGUGGAGCAGCUUUUCUGCCUGGGCCUGAAGACCAGGGGGGAGUGCCACCGGGUCCUGGAGAUGUUCGACUGGAACCUGGAGCAGGCCAGCUGCCACCUGCUGGACCCUGCCAGCGCCGCUAGGCAGAAGCGGUGACGGCAGCAGGCCGGGAAGCUGAGUCAGACCUGGAGCGGGCACCUCCCGCCCCACCUCCGCGGUGCCUGCCCCCCACGUUGGAUUGAGCUGGCCGGAGAGCCCGGAGCUUGGCAGAGAACCUGACCGGGGCUCGGGACUGGCAUGGGGCAGCCCCCGGGACCCCGCUGGGGGUUGCCCCGGAGCUCGCUGGAGAAUUGUUUUGUAAAGAGAAAUGUAAUUUUAAUAUAUAUAUAUAUAAAUGUUCUAUUGGAGAGGAA